AUGGACAAGCUCAUCACUGCCACAACAACCACUACUGAAGUUGCUGUCACCACCAAGUCGUCUCUGAUUGACGUGGACCCGGCGCACCCAGAUAAAAUCACCCACACUGAGAAGAUCAUAAUCAUCGUGAUGCUGUCAUUGCUGUCAGUGGUGGGCACAGUGGGCAACGCUUUAGCCAUUUACGUAUUUGCAAACCUCAAGCAGAAGUUGACUUCUACAAUUUUCAUCUUGACGCUUGCUGGCACCGACUUCAUCACCUGUCUGAUUACCAUACCCUUCACUAUCACCAUGGAGUGUAUACAGUUUAUGGUCAGCGUGGAUCUCAUCUGCAAAGUCUACCACUUCCUGAUCAUUACCACAGUCCCCUUCUCGUGCGUUGUUAUCGUCGCCAUCGCCAUUGACAGGUACAUGUGUAUAUGUCACCCCUUCCACCACUGGAUGACCAUACAAAGAGCACGUAUCAUCAUCGGAGCCUUGGCGCUGUUCAUCUUCAUGUUUGCUGGCAUCGUCUGCCUGCACUACACCAUCUACACUGAGGUAGACAUGCAGCUCAACACCACGGCCUCCCCACACCUGACAUUCGUCCCAUUCAACUCCACUGCUGACACGGUGACGGCCACCAACAUAGGGGCUUGCGAGAUCAAUCCGAACUAUAUUGACCCAAAUUUCUUCUCCAUCAUCAGAUACAUCUACCCGGGCAUCUUUCUCGUUAGCUGCAUCAUCGUCCUUGUCCUCUAUAGUCUUAUCUACAGAUCUGUGAUUGCUCAGCGACGCAAGAAACUUCGAAUCAAGUCAGCACAGUGCUGUCUGCUGUGGAAUGCCACCAGCCUGGACACACAGCAGGAAGCUGCGGAGAUGACACAAGACAUAGAGCUCAGUCACGUCAACGGGGAUGAACGAGUCACCAUCAGACAAAACUCCACCGCAGAAGACCCUGAACAGCAAAACAACGGAGCCGUGCGCAAGUGCUCCCUCUCUAAAGCAAGGAUUGAGCGGAUGAGGGUCGCCAACGUCAAAACUGCGUUCACACUUUUUAUCGUCACAUUAGUAUUCAUUCUGGCUUUCUUGCCAUCAUGGCUAAUGGCACUGAAGAUCGUCCAAAUGCACGUUGUCGUCUUCUAUACACACUAUGUCUACAACGUAGUCAAUCCCUUAAUCUAUGCUUUUCUGAACCAGAAUUUUAAGACUGAACUUCGUCGAAUUUUUAGAUGCGAGAAACGUUGA